AUGCGCUGUAAUUCCUCCCAACUUGCUUCCCUGGCUUGGGCUGUCUUUGGUGUUGGCUUGGCGCUCGCAUCGGACUCCGCCUGCGUCGGCAUCAACGCAGUAAAGCCUGAGUGCACACCUGCCGAGCCACCUUAUCACCGAGAUGUCUUCUUCAUCGGAGGCGAAUACGUGGCCAGUGCGGGAUCGUCCAUCAUUUCGGACCAGAUGUACGUCGAGAAGUUGACACCCACCUCCGGCGUCGACAAACCUUAUCCGAUUGUAUUCAUCUCAGCCGGACUACCAGCCGGAAACGUCUGGCUCAACACACCAGACAACCGCAAGGGAUGGUCAGCAUACUUCCUUGAGAAAGGAUACCAAGUUUACAUCGUGGACAUAACCGCCAACGGACGGAGUGGGCAAAACGACAUCGGCAAAUACCCCCUCCGUCUGGGAUCAACAGUGUCUAUCCAUGAGAGCGGCUUCACUGCCCCUGAGAUUCUGAACGCAUACCCUCAAUCACAGGGGCACGACAAGUGGCCGGGCAAUGGAACACAAGGAGACCCGGUCUUCGACGCCUUCUUUGCGUCCACGGUGCCCCUGACGUCCAACAGCACGGCGCAGGAGGUGUCGAUGCGGGCAGCAGGAUGCAAACUGCUCUCCUUGAUUGGACAGUCCUUUCUCGUGGGGCACUCGGCCGGGGCAACCUACUCUGCGCUCAUGUCGGACGAGUGCCCGGAAAAGGUCAGGGCAACGAUCAACUUGGAGCCGGGGAACAUUCCAUUCCAGAGUCUUAUCGGCAACGCGACCGUUCCCUCAGUUGGGCGCACCAGCAGUCGGCCAUGGGGGCUUACAAACACCCCCAUCACGUACGAGCCCCCGGUCGUCAACGUUACAGAGGACCUAAUCACGGUCGAAGUUGGAGAGGACACGCCCGCACUCCGUUCGUGCUUCCUGCAGUCCAAUGCUACCGUGGUCCGGUCUCUACCUCAAAUAGCGAAGGUGCCGUACGUCAUGUUCACGGCGGCCAACUCCCCUCAUAUUACAUAUGACCACUGUUUUGUUUCAUAUCUUCACCAAGCAGGUGUGAAGGAUGUGACAUGGGUGAAGUUUGGGGAACUUGGUCUGGUGGGCAACGGCCAUUUUUUCUAUCUGGAAGAGAACAACAUGGAGCUAGCUGCAGUUGUAGAGCAGCAGAUAGCGAGAAGAAGCUGA